AUGAAUAAACUGACUUUAAUACAAGAAAAUAUAGAUGACAGCGAAAAGCCCUUGUGCAACGUUCCCACCAGUGCGUGUAAAGCCAGAGGAGGCCAUUGUAGUGACACAUGUGGUGUAAAUGAAAAUCCAUUCUCCAAUCUCUGCAACACUGCAAACUGCUUCUGCUGCGUUCAGAAGCCCUCGUGCAGCAUUCCCACCAGUGCGUGUACAACCAUCGGAGGUUACUGUAACGACACAUGCGGCGCAAAUGAGAAUCCAAUCUACAAUCUCUGCAACACUGCAGGCUGUUCAUGCUGUGUUCAACAGCCAUCAUGCAGCAUGACCACCAGUGCGUGUUCAGCUAAGGGAGGCUAUUGCAGCAAAACAUGUGCCGGAAAUGAGAAUCCAUUCUACAAUCUCUGCAAUACUGUAGACUGCUCCUGCUGCGUUCCACAGCCCUCGUGCAACACUCCGACCAGUGCGUGUACAACUCUGGGGGGCUACUGUAGUGACACAUGCGGCGGUGACGAGAAUUCAUUUGAGAAUCUCUGCAACACUCCAAACUGCUUCUGCUGCGUUAAAAAGCCUUCGUGCAAUACUCCCACUAGUGCGUGUACAGCCCUCGGAGGCUACUGUAGCAUCUCAUGCGGUGAAAAUGAGGAUCCACACUACUCUCUCUGCAAUACUGCAGACUGCUCCUGUUGUGUUCAAAAGCCGUCGUGCAGCAUUCCCACGAGUGCGUGUUCAGCCCAGGGAGGCUACUGUAGCGAGAGAUGUGGCAAUAAUGAGAAUCCACUUUACAAUCUGUGCAACACUGCAAACUGCUCCUGCUGCGUUCAAAAGCCCUCGUGCAGCAUUCCCACCAGUGCGUGUACAGCCCUAAGAGGCUAUUGUAAUGACACAUGCGGCGCAAAUGAGAAUUCAUUUGACAAACUCUGCAACACUCCAGACUGCUCAUGCUGCGUUGAGAAGCCCUCGUGCACUAUGUCCACCAGUGCGUGUUCAGCCCUGGGAGGCUACUGUAGCAACACAUGUGAUGUAAAUGAGGAUCCACACUACUCUCUCUGCAAUACACAAGAUUGCUUCUGCUGUGUUCAAAAGCCCUCGUGCGACAUUACCACUAGUGCGUGUUCAGCCCAGGAAGGCUACUGUAGCGACUCAUGCGGCGUAAAUGAGAAUGCACUCUCCAAUCUGUGCAACACUGCAACCUGUUCAUGCUGCGUUCAAAAGCCUCCGUGCAGUAUUCCCACUAGUGCGUGUACAGCCCUGGGAGGCUACUGUAAUGACACAUGCGGCGCAAAUGAGAAUUCAUUUGACAAACUCUGCAACACUCCAGACUGCUCAUGCUGCGUUGAGAGUAAGUAUUACUUCGACUUCUUCCUUUUAUAUAUGAGCUCUAAAAGAUCAGAUCAAUGA